GGAGGAUCGUCCUAAAACACCCUCCUCUCCUUGAUUAGGCCAAAAGAUCUCUCGUCUCCUGACGGCUGGAAUCGGCAAAGCCAUCUCCUUGGCGGCCUAGAUCUAGCUAGAAUGGCCGAAAAUAUGGACCCCGGGCGGUCGAUACCCUGCUACAGGCCGGGGUUGUGGACCGAGUAUAACUUUGAAAGGAUGUCGUGAUCGGGGCGGGCCAUCGCGCAACGUCGCAAACCAAAAAGAAAAUAAAAAAAAAAUCGAGUAUUUCCAAUAUCGCCAGUGUUGCUUGUGUGAGGUAUAAAGAUGCAGGUGCGUGCACAUGCGCUCUUUCCAACGGGUACGACCGUCUCGCGAAUUAAGGUUCCGUCCCGAAAAAAAUAAGGUUCGACUUAUUUAAUAAGGUUAUCCGGUCCGUACUUAAAUUAAACUUCGAGCCGGAAGAGUACGGGGUACCCGCAAUCUACCGGCAAAAAAAUGACCGGCUCCUCCGUGACGGACGCGCCGACGAACGGCGCCGCAGUCCAAAAGCAAAAGCGCACCUGGUAUCACACGACACUAUUCAAUGCCUUCGUCAUUGGCAGCGUCGGCUUCAUCGCGCCGGGGCUAUGGAACGCGAUGAACAACCUCGGCGCGGGCGGCGCGCAAGAGCCGUAUCUCGUCAACGCCGCGAACUCACUCGUCUUCGCCAUCAUGGGCUUCAUGUGCUUGUUCGGGGCGCCCAUGGCGAACCGCAUCGGCCUGCAUUGGGUUUUGUUCAUUGGUGCCGUGGGCUAUCCGGUUUAUUCGGCCGGGCUGUAUUUGAAUAACCGGACGGGGGCGUCUUGGCUUGUGCUCUUCGGCGCUGUGACGUGCGGUUUCAGCGCGGGGUGCUUCUGGGCGGCGGAAGGUUCCAUAGCGCUUGGGUAUCCCGAGCCGGCGAAGAGGGGACGUUACUUGAACAUAUGGCUAUUGUUCAGGACUGGUGGUCCCUUGGUUGGAGGUGCCAUCGUACUGGCCCUUAAUCAUAGCGAAAAUGCUAAGGCGAAGGGUAAAGUGGGGUCCCAGACGUACCUCAUAUUCAUCGCGUUGCAAUGUGUUGCGGCUCCUCUAGCACUCGCGCUGUCGCCGCCGGAGAAGGUCCAGCGUGCGGACGGGUCAAAAGUCGUCAUCAAGAGCGAAGGCUCAUUCGCAGGAGAAAUUCGUGCACUGUGGAGAGCCUGCAAGCGCAAGGACAUCUUGCUCUUGCUCCCGAUCUUCUGGGCGGCUUACUUCAACCAGUACAACAGCAACUUUCAGUCGUACUACUUUGGUGUGCGGGCGCGUGCCUUGAUCGGCUUUGUCAAUAACUUUUCGGCACUGAUAUCGUCACAACUCAUGAGUACCUUGUUAGACUACCGCGGCCUUGCCGUCAGGAAGCGGAUUAUCAUUGGCUUUUGGUACGUUGUUGCGCUGCAUAUAGUGGCUUGGGUUUACUGCUGGGUUAUCCAGGAGAAGUAUACACGCAACCCGCCGGCCUACGAUUGGGAGGAUAAGGGAUUUGUUGAGGGAUUCUUCGUGCUGAUUCUCUGGGACUUUUCUCGACAGGCGCUUCAGAAUUGGCUUUACUACUUCGUGGCCACCAUGACCGACAAUAUAUCCGAGCUCACACGAUUCUCAGGUAUUCUGAGGGGGCAGGAGAGCUUUGCUCAGGCUGUCUCAUUCGGACUGAAUACUCAAAAAUGGACUGGAGGCCGUGUUCCCUUAGCUGUAAAUACCAUCCUGCUCGGACUGUCUGUAUUCCCAACUUGGCUUGUAAUUCGCGACCACGUUCCGGUUGGACAAGAUACCAAGAACGCCUCCGAUAAUGAGGGCCAUGUGGAGGAAGGUCUUGCGGAUACAGUUCUAGUAUCUAGUGAAAAAGAGAAGUUCGCCAUUGGAAAAACAAGCAUCGAGAGAGAUGUCGCGAAUUGAGGGCACUUAUAUAUACCAUUAGUAUAUAUACAACUAGAAGCGAUGGAGCUCAAAUUGAAAUUGACGUUGAUAUCAUAAAGCAUCCAACGUAACGAUCCAUACAACAUUGCGUCAAAUAAUCCUCAACGUGUAGGAAAUAUCGACGCCGGGAUACUAAACACGUUGAUCA